CUGAGCUCGCGCAUUCCUUCGGAAAACUUUCUUCGGUCAGCCACUGCUUGAAGUAGCCCGGCAAGCUGAAGCUACUAGCGCCGCAGGCUGGAGUUUGCCCAAGGGUUCGUUCGUAAGGGUUUCUGCCGCCUGAAGACCCUCGCCUCCAGCACCGGCGCACCUCGUCGUCGGCACUACCUGCGACGAUCCUGUGGUGAGGGGACGAGUUGAAGCAGGUCGCCUCUGCGCGAAACAGCACAGAGAAAGGCCGGGCUUACUUUCACGUCGCGUGUGCGCACGUGUGUGUGUGUGUGUGUGUGCAGAGGAAGCAAACUGAUUGACUCAGUAACCGGCAGGAAAAUGCUGCAGAGCGCCGAUUCCUCUACGUCCUUGUCGGGCCUGCCCAUCGCCAUUCCCCUGGACAGACGACGGCCCUGCUGCAUCGUGAUCGCCUCCUGCAUCGUCGUCUUCAGCCUGCUGCACAGCAUCAGCACCAACUUCUCCAACCUCUUCGCCCUCAUACCCUCGCGCACCAUAUACGGCGCCACCGUGGGCACACUCACCGUGCCCUUCGUGUGGAACAUCGUGACGUUCAAUCUGUUCGAGACGCACCCGCUUAAGGCGCUCAUCACGGGGCCGGCGUUCUUCCUUCUGGGUCGGCCGAUGGAGGAGCACUGGGGGUCGAGGGAGUUCAUGCGGUUCCUCGCCUUCAGUGGGGUCAUCAACGGGGUCGCUGUCUUCAUCUACAAAGUCUUCCACUGGUGGGUUUAUUUAUUUGCGUGUGUGGGGGGGAUUGCGCUGUGUGUCUGUACGUGUUGUGUCUGUCAUCCGCUAGGUACGCCACUCUGUCCGAGACCGACUUCUUCCAGCCCUUAUGCAGUGCGUGCGGUCUGCUUGCGGCGCUGACCGUGGGCAUCAAGCAGGCGAUGCCGAUGGAUGAAGUGCGCGCCUUCGGCCAGGCUAUUCCCCACUUGAAGGGCCGCACCCUGCCCUUCAUCUACCUCACUAUCGGGUGCAUCGGCCUGCUAUUGGGGUUCGUCACGGGCGUCGAGUUCGUCCUCUGCUCCGUCGGCAUCUUCAACGGGUACCCACACGCCUUUGCCUCCCCUUGCCCCUCUCUCAAUAAACAUGUGCUGUUUGCCCUUUUCUCUAUGUGUUGCAGGUGGUUGUUUCUGCGUCAUUACUUGUACUUCGAGCUGACGCAGGCGUACGGCGACCACUCGGUGGACUUUGAGCUGGCCACUCUGUUCCCGCAGCCCCUGCGGCCGGCGGUGGCGUUUGUGGCGUCGCUGGUGCACCAGGCCUUCCAGGCGUGCGGCCUCUUCAAGACGCGACGCGACAACGUGCCGCCCAAGAGCUACUACCUCAACGCGCCCAGAGGUCAGGCAGUGAAUAAAUAGAUGGAGAGACAGACAGGUGUGUGAGUGGGUGCACAUCUAUGUGUGUGUGUGUACCUUAACAGUGACACUGACGCCCGAGCAGGCGACGGUCGACCGAUGGAGAAACAAGGGCAAGCAGGUAAGGCACACAUGGAUGGAUGGAUGGAUGGAUGGAUAGCGAGGGAUGGCUGGAUCACACUCUCUGCGAGCUGAUUGGUUGUGUGUAUGCGCAUGUAUCAGUUCCUCGAUAAGUACAUCAGUGGUGGGCAGGGACUUCCCGCGAGGUACAAGUAUCCUCAGCGGACCGCCGCCAUGGCAGAGGAGGACCUCGAGAGGGACGGCAGCAAGGCGGCAGCGCCGCCCACACCACUCAUAUGACUCACUCGGUCCGAGUGAAUGAUGGCCAGCUGCAGACCAAUCGUCCUUGCCUGCCUGCCUGCCUCUCUUGUACAGUCAUCCUAGCCGUAGGGAGGUAGCACUUUGUUCGUUGACGGCAGAGAGCCGUUGUGUCUACGUGGGCGUGAUUGUGACUGUUUUUCUGUGUUGUAUGUGCGCAUGUAUGUGUGACGGAAGACACCUUCAGACGUGACCUGUGUGCCUUUGCAUUGGGUGCGCUGUCUGAGUGCCUUCAAUUAAAUGCCCUGCCUUCACGGUUGAGCACCCUAGUCACCCUGCGUGACACGUCCUGGGGGCUCAUCUUGGGGGCGUCUGAGCCGCGUCUCAGUCUCUCCGCAGGUGUCGCCAACGUCCCGUGUCCACAAGGUGCAGCUCGUCGCCCUUGUGCCCCUCCUGCUGUGUGCCGGCACCUCAGCCGCUGCGGCAUCCGCCAAGGCCCUUCGCCGCCAUGGCUCAUUCCUCUCCCACACCGUCUCCACCAACGCCACUGCAUUCGAGCACCAACGAGCCGGCGGCAAGGCCAUGCGCGUCCGCACCUACACGAAAAAGCGAUAUGGUCGGUCUUACCCGCAAGGAAUAGCCGCGGCGCGUUUUCUCAUGCGACACACACUCUCUCUCUCUCUCACUCUGUGUGCCUGUGUGUGUGCAGGGCCCCUCCGCAUUCAUUCCCGCUCCGGAGACAUGCUGGGUGCGCUGCUGCGCGUCAACGAGCACUACGGCAACGACCAGAACAUCGGCCGAUACCGCAGCGCGUCCAAGACACUCAGACUCGUCGACAGAUAUCUCCGCGGCCUCACCCGCAACAACGGCCCCCUGAGCGGGGACCAGUUCUGCUUCGAGGUGCACCCCCACCACUCAAUCAAAGGCGGGGACCAGAUCGGCUUCCCCAAGAAGGACUGCUACUACUACAACGCGCUGGGUUCCGACGGGGAGAGACACGGCACCGUGAGCAUCAAUUAGAGCACACGCAGGACUCUGUCUUCCUUCGUGUCAAUCAUGGGAAUCUGUCAAUGCAGAUGGCGUGUUACCACCCUGAUACGCUGCAGUUCCGCCACUCGAUCAACCGGGGCUGCAGCAUCCGCCGCAUGAAUGCCAAAGAGUCGCUGUUGACUGACAAGGCAGCCAAGGCCGCGUUGGGUCGGCGCUACCGCCGCAAGUCUUCGCAGACGUGGGAGGAGCAGAUGCACGAGCUGCCCGGCAUCUUCUCGCCCAAAUAUGAAGAUGAGAUGUUCAACCUGUCAGUCAGCACGACACACACACGACAGGACAGGACAGAACAGAACAGACCAGGCAGACGGCCCUCCAAGCCCGCCUGAUGGCCUGUGUGUGUGUCUGUUAGGUACAUGGAUGACUUUGACAUUGUGAGCAAGGUUGUGGGCGCGGAGGGCGACCAGCAGGAGGAGUAUCUCAAGUGCCAGCUUUACGUCAGGAACAGGACAGGACGGCCGUGUCUCUCUCAUUUGUAGUGCCAUCCAUUCACCCGUUCGUUUCCAUGUGGCUUAUGCCCGCAGGUUGUGAUUGACUUCCCCGAGCUGGGCAUCACCAAGGAGGAGCUGGGAUUCUUCGUCUCCCACUUCAUGCAGUUCUCCAUACACAGCAACGCUCUGGUAGUAAUGGGUGCAAUUGAGAUGCACACUUCUCUCUCGCGUUUUGUGCUUAUGCUGUUGCAGUGCCCCGAUGGCCUGCAUAGUGUGUAGACAACCUCCUCUGCACACACUGAUGGGGUGGGUGCGAACAUCUGUGUCUUUCUUGCGUGUGUGAGCAGCGACAGAUUUCAGCUCCCUCCCCGUCAAGGAGCCUCCCGCCCCGUUCAUCCCGCCUCCCGCCGACCCCGAUUCAAUCGGUUCCGGACCUCUCUUCAUCGACCCCCUAUUCGGAGACGCCCAAUCCCUUAUCGAAGGUCAGACAUAAAGGAAGAGACCGCUGCACCCUCGUAUCAUCGCUGUGUGGGCGAAUGAAGGCGCUAUUGACGAGAAGGCAUUUGCGCUAGAUGCGUACAAGGCCCAGGUUGAGCAGCUGCUGCAGCCGGUGAACGCUGUGGAAGAUCUGCUCAGGGAGCAGCAGGACAAGGACGGCCCCCUUGGCAUCCUUGCCGGUGAUAAUUACUGUGUGGAUGUGCUCCCCGGCCUCCCCUGGGACGACCGCGUCUUCAUCAAGAAGGACCACUGCUACCGCACACCAAACGAAUUCGUCAGAGAGAGAGAGAGAGAGAGAGGGAGACGUGCCGGGACAAUAGAGAGAGCCACACGUCUCUCUAGCUGUGUCUAUUCGAUUGUGUGUAGAUUCUGUGCAAUGCCAUGGACGGAGAAGAUCGCGGCCAGAUCAGCUGUAAAAUCCGACACGAAAACGAAGUGGGCCAGAUAUUCAUGACAUCCAUCUAUCCGCCGACUCGACGGAUCCUGUGCGUCACUCCCUGUGUGUUUAGGAGCCGUUCAGCGGCCACAUCAAAGAUGUCAAGGCGCACUACGGUUCGCUGCACUACCCGCAGCACAUGAUCAACGACGACAAGUUCGGCCUGCGCUUCGACGUCUUCAUCGACCGGCACGGGCAGAUCCCCUCGUGGUUCAUCCCCACCUGCCGCUACCACCUACACCUCAAACUCUACCACAAGAGCUUCAAGGGCACAGGACGGGUCGACCUCCAGUGUACGUGACUUGUAUCCGUCUCUCUCUCUGUGCGUGUAUGUAUCUCUCCCUCUCUCUCUCUCUGUGUGUGUGUGUGUGUCUGUGUCUGUGUCUGUGUGCGUGUGUGUGUGUAGGGGUGGGCCACAGCGACUACCUCUGCCCGUCAACCCCCCAGUCCCCGCCUGACUUCGCGUCGAUGGAAUACCACACGAGCGAGGAGGAGACACAGCCCAAGGAGGAGCCCAACCCGUUGCUCAAGGCCAAUGAUGUUCUCAACCAGAUCGACGCUGAGGACGGGCCCAAGCCCCCACCCAGUGCUGGAGAAUCCGCAGCAGCAGAAGGUACCUGAGACAUGAGCUCGUUUCGUAAGGAGAGCGAAUGUAUGUGUGUACCUUUCUCUUGUUCAUUCAGCGCCCGCUGCUCCCGAGACACAGCCCAUUGCUCCUGCUCCCGAGGUCUCCGAGCCACAGCCCAUCGAAGAACUCCCAAAGAAGGAGGAGCUUACCGGGGGAGAGGCGAUUGAGGCUGGCACUGAGGCAUAGAUCACCGAUGAACGCCAGUAGACGAAGCCAUCAACGAUCCAAAGACACACACUCACAACGAUCCAUUCCUUGAGUUUUGUUUGCAUGAGAGUGGACAUCCUUGCAUGAGGAACGCUUGAUUGACGUGAACAGUGAGUAUGGACGCAAUUGGUAAGCAACAGAGUGACUGAUGAAGGAUGAGAAG